UUUGUUGGGGAUUCUCCCCCUACCCCAGGCCAUUUUCCUGCUCCAGGGAUAUCCCGAAUGAGCAAACGGGGAUUUGGGAAUGCCCGCGGCGCUUUGGGACAGGGCUGGGCACAUUCCGGAGGCGCGGGAGGAGCCGCGGUUGCCGCUGGAAACGGGAAUUGCCCAACGCACCCGGGGCUGACUCAGCCCGGGCGGGGCUCACGAACUUUCUUUUCCCGAGUUUUUUUCCGGAUCUGACAAUUCCAACCCAGAGCGGAGCCCAGCCAUGCCCACGGAGACGGAGCGCUGCAUCGAGUCGCUGCUGGCCGUGUUCCAGCGCUAUGCUGGAAAGGAGGGGAGCUCCUGCACCCUGUCCAAGCGGGAAUUCCGGGCGUUCAUGGAAACCGAGCUGGCCGCCUUCACCAAGAACCAGAAGGAUCCAGGUGUGGUGGACAGGAUGAUGAAGAAGCUGGACAUGAACAGCGACGGGCAGCUGGAUUUCCAGGAAUUCCUGAACCUCAUCGGGGGCAUCGCUGUGGCCUGCCACGACUCCCUGAUCCUCAAAUCCCCCAAUCCAUAAAUCCAGAAGCUCUGGAUCCACCCCAGAUCCCCCCAGGACAUCCCGUGGAAUGCUGCAAGUGAUGGAAUGGUCGCAUUCCCUUUUUUCUUUUUUUUUUCCCCUGCUUUUUAUGGAUAAAUAAAAGGUUUAAAACCCUGA